GUAAAGAUAUAUGAACGAGUGCCGGGACGCGGUAUUUUCUUCAUAUAAAAAUAAAAAAUAAGAAAUAAAAAAAACGCAUGCGCGGUUUGCGAUUUUGUAAAAUAAAAUUUCUAUUUAAAUGCUGCUUGCCUAUAUUUUGUGCAAUAUUUUUUUUAAAUUGUAUACGAGUAGAAUACGCUUCGCCGGUAAAAUAUUUUUUUUCGUGAAUUAAAUAAUAUAAAAAUUCUGCAAAAAAUUUUUCUUGUCUAAUAAUUUAUCAAAUUACAAUUGCAAUAUGACAAAAACUGUGCCCAUUGGAUCUAUAAAGCAAAAUUCUAGUUUUGGAAAUUUAAAAUCUUUUGAAGAAGAUGUUGCUGAGGCCCGAGUAUUGGUAAUUUACACUGGUGGAACAAUUGGUAUGAUGAGAAAUAAUGACGAUGUACUAGAACCUAUAGCCGAUACCUUAGUCAAAGAAUUAAGACAAUAUCCCAAUUUACAUGACAAAAAGUAUGCAUCAAAGCGUUUUGGUGAUGAGAAUAAUAUGACGCCACUUUGUCUUCCAUCGGUGCAAGGGGAAACGAGGCGUAUUAUAUAUUCGGUUAUAGAAUAUGAUCCAUUACUUGAUUCAAGCAAUAUGUCAAUUAAAGAAUGGAGUCAAAUUGCUGAAGAUAUUAAACAUUCAUAUGAAUUUUUUGAUGGAUUCGUUGUGUUACAUGGCACCGAUACUUUAUCUUAUACAGCUUCAGCUCUAUCAUUCAUGUUCGAAAACUUAGGAAAAACCGUAAUAAUAACUGGUUCGCAAAUACCAAUUUUUGAGACAAGAACCGAUGGAAAAGAUAAUUUUACUUCAUCAUUGAUUAUAGCUGGAAAUUAUUCAAUACCUGAGGUAUGUGUGUUUUUUGGUACAAAAUUAAUGCGUGGCAAUAGGACUAUAAAAAUGAGUUCGAAUGCUUUGGAUGCCUUUGAUAGUCCAAACUGCCCUCCAUUAGCGAAAAUGGGAAUUAAACUUAAUAUUGAUUAUAGGCAGAUUUUUAGGCCAUAUAGUGUGUUUAAAUUUACAGUUCAUUCGGUAUUAGAUGAAAAUGUAGGAAUAUUACGUUUAUUCCCAAAUAUAACAACAGCAACAUUUAAAGCCUUCUUGAAACCACCUAUGAAAGGAAUCGUUUUGCAGUCAUUUGGAUGCGGUAAUAUUCCAUCUAAUAGGCAAGAUAUUCUUGAUGAACUAAGCAACGCUAACAAAUUGGGGAUAAUUGUUGUAAAUUGUACUCAAUGUACUGAGGGAAGUAUUUCAAAAAGUUAUGAAACUGGUCACGUUUUAUAUAACUUAGGUGUUAUAUCUGGAUAUGAUAUGACACCAGAAGCAGCCCUUAGCAAAUUGGCAUAUGUUCUCGGAAAAGACGAAUGGGAUUUUGAAACAAAGAAAAGAAUGUUACAAACAAAUUUACGUGGUGAAAUGAAUACAGGAAAAGACAAUAAAUUACAAGAGUACGAUUUAAUUGAUGCUGUAGCUAGAUCAUUACCAUCAGCUUCACCUGAACAAGUUGAAGAAUUAGGGGCAACUUUAUUUCCUGCUAUGGUUAAUACAGCUAUUCUAGAAAAUGAUAUUAAUAAAGUGAAUAAUUUAAAAUCAUACGGAGCCGACUUAUCUGCUAGUAAUUAUGAUCACAGAACAUCAUUGCAUAUUGCAUGUGCAGAAGGGAAUUUUGAAAUGGUUCAAUAUUUGUUAUUACAAGGAGUAAGUGUUCAUAAAAAAGAUAGAUUCGAUAGAACAGCGUUGUUAGAAGCAAUAUCUGGUAAUUAUCAUGACAUUAUUCGUUUAUUAAUGAAAUGUGGAGCACAUUUAACUGGUUCGUCGAGAGCAGUCGGUGAAGAAUUAUGUCUAGCUGCAUCAAAAAAUUCUGUUGCAAGAUUAGAAUCUCUUAGAUUGGCUGGUGCUGAUCUAUCGCAAGAAGAUAUAUCAGGAAGAACUGCAUUACAUUUGGCAGCAUUACAUAAUCACAUUGAGGUAAUAGAAUUUUUGUUAGAUAAAAAUGUUAAUAAAACUCAUUUAGACAUGCUAAAACUAUCACCAUUAGAUUAUGCUAUUAAGGCUGAUAAUGAAAAAGUUAUUGAAAUGUUAAAGUAAAUUCAUGUCAAUUGAGUCUCAAACUAAAAUUUAAGACGUCUAUAUUUUUAAAAGUACAUACUUGUGUGGGUAUGUGUGUAUAGUAAUAUACUAAUCAAUAAUAUUUAUAUUUAAUGUUGUGUAACAAUAAUAAUGUAUAAUGACACACAAAGGUUUACAUAAGUAUUUUAUAUUUGUAACAUAUGUACAUAAAUGUAUGUUAUCUAGUGAAUUGUAAUUGCGGAUAUUCCCGUAUUUUUAAUUGAAAAGUAGUAAGAUUGAUGAAUAAUAAAAAUUUGGUGUAAUCUUAAAUGUUUUAAUAAUAUCGCUAUAAACAGCGAGCUACAAAUUUGUAUAUGUAUGACAUAAUUUUUAUUUUAAUCACAAUACGCAUUGUCUUAUUCUUAGGAAUAUUUUAA